GUGUAUCUGUUGUUUCCCCUCCUGACCUCCGGGCGGCAGCGUUCUUUCAUUUUAAACUUUUAAUCUGAAAAACCCUGACUGGGAGGACACCGGAAGUCUGGUGUCUUCACUGUGAUGUGUGUCUGGCGGCGGGAUAGCUGUGUAGUUUGUUAUUAGUGAGUUUUAAGAAGACAGAGCUCCAGGUAAACCCGCACACACUCAGUCCUGAACAGAAUCCAGAGUGAGUCCAGCAGCCCCAGUGGAGCCCUGCUGGAUUUCAGGACCAGAGAGGAAUGGAGGAGGACAACCAGAACCAGGAGCAGCGGAGCAACGAGGUCCCCAGAAGACAAGCAGCAGACUGGGACUCUGAUAGCAGCCAUGUUCAGGAGCCCUCAGCAGAUGUCAAGCUGGCGACCGGAGCAGGAAAGAAGGGCAAGAAGGCCGAGGAGGAGGAGCAGCCUGCAGCAGUGAAGGAGGAAGAGGAGGAGGAGGAGGAGGAGGAAGAGGAGGAGUAUGUGGUGGAGAAGGUUUUGGACCGCAGAGUGGUGAAGGGAAGAGUAGAGUUUCUGCUGAAAUGGAAGGGGUUCUCAGAUGAGGAGAACACAUGGGAGCCUCAAGACAACCUGGACUGCCCCGACCUUAUCACCGAGUACAUGCAGAAACACAAGGAGAAGGAGGAGAAAAAGAAGGAGGGCAAGAGGAAAGUUGUCAGGGAGGAGGUGGAGCCCUCAGCAGACGUCAAGCUGGCGACCGGAGCAGGAAAGAAGGGCAAGAAGGCCGAGGAGGAGGAGCAGCCUGCAGCAGUGAAGGAGAAGGAAGAGGAGUAUGUGGUGGAGAAGGUUUUGGACCGCAGAGUGGUGAAGGGAAGAGUAGAGUUUCUGCUGAAAUGGAAGGGGUUCUCAGAUGAGGAGAACACAUGGGAGCCUCAAGACAACCUGGACUGCCCUGACCUUAUCACCGAGUAUAUGCAGAAACACAAGGAGAAGGAGGAGAAAAAGGAGGGCAAGAGGAAAGUUGUCCAUGAGGCCUCGGGAGACUCAGAGGAGCGAGGGAGCAAGAGGAAGAAGGAGGAGAAACGGAGAGGAGGAGAGGGAACCAAACGUCACCACUGUCAACACUGUGACAAAUCCUUCACAACAUCAGGAUAUUUAAAGAUUCAUCAGAGAGUUCACACUGGAGAGAAGCCUUACAGCUGUGAUCAAUGUGGGGCAGCUUUCAUACAACAGAGUACCCUAAAAAAACAUCAACGCAUUCACACUGGAGAGAAGCCGUACAGCUGUGAUCAAUGUGGGGCAGCUUUCGUACAUCAGAGUACCCUAAAAAACCAUCAACGCAUUCACACUGGAGAGAAGCCGUACAGCUGUGAUCAAUGUGGGGCAGCUUUCACAGAACAGGGUAACCUAAAAAAACAUCAACGCAUUCACACUGGAGAGAAGCCGUACAGCUGUGAUUUAUGUGGUAAAACCUUUUCUCAGAGUAGUAACCUAGAAAGCCACAGACGUGUUCACACUGGAGAGAAGCCGUACUGGUGUGAUCAAUGUGGGAAAACUUUUUCUCAUAACAGUAGCCUUAAAUAUCACCACCAGCGCAUUCACACUGCCUCGUUGUGAAGGUGUUUGAGAGCCAAGCUGUUUCCUCCUGCCUCCUCCUCAUGCCCUGAUAGCUGAGUUGUUAUAUUCUGAUCUUCUCUCCAGAUUGAAGGCUGACCAGCAGUAACUUUAUCUUCUGAACAGCAUGGAUGUUAUCCUGGAUCAGCUGGACGGUUUUCUGCCUUUCCUCACAACUCGACUUUACACUUUUUUGCAAUGUUCAUUUGACACUUUUUUGGCGAUUUUUUUUAAUGCUAAUGUUGAAGCUGUUUUACCACAAUGUACCCACUAGG